GGGUCUGCGGAGCGAAUACGGGACGGGGCGCGGGCUGCUCGGGAUCUGCUGCGCUGCGGACGACGGGGCGCUUUCGGACGCUGCUCCCGCCCUUCCUCCGACGGCCAGCCCCGAACCCUCCGGGCGCCCCCUCGGGCGGGACUCGCUCCGGAGGAAAGGCUCGCCGGAGGCCAAUAGGUCCCGCGUUGCGCAGCUGCCUUGGCUCGGGUCGGGGGUCGCCACGGGUGCCGUGUUAUUGCACCCCCCCUUUUUUGGGGUGGGGGCGUCCGGACCUCUGCUAGACUCCAGCUUUAAGCCCCUCCUCCCGCCCCUCCUCAGUCAGGUGCCCCAGAUCCGUGGGGAUCAUCCAGCUGCUCUGCCGCUGCUGAUGAGGGAGCUGGGGGGUGGCACGGGGCCCCCUCCCUCCUCCAGUCCCCCGAGAAGAUCGCUGAGCCCUCCGCCAGACGGCUACAGAGACCGCUGUAGAAGGACUCCCUGAUGCCUACAGCCCGGGAGGAGCAUUAUGGAUUUGACUAAGAUGGGUCUGAUUCAGCUCCAGAACCCCAGCCACGCCACUGGCCUUCUCCAGAAAGCCAACCAGAUGCGCCUGGCCGGCACCCUGUGCGAUGUGGUGAUCCUGGUGGACAGCCAAGAAUUCCACGCCCACCGGACUGUCCUGGCGUGCACCAGCAAGAUGUUUGAGAUCCUCUUCCACCGCAACAGCCAGCAUUACACCUUGGAUUUCCUCUCGCCAAAGACCUUCCAGCAGAUCCUGGAGUACGCCUACACCGCCACCUUGCAGGCCAAAGUUGAGGACCUGGAUGACCUCCUGUACGCGGCGGAGAUCCUCGAGAUCGAGUACCUGGAGGAGCAGUGCUUGAAGAUCUUGGAGACCAUCCAGGCAUCGGAAGACAACGAGGCCGAAGUCAGCAUGACCGACGGCGGUGCCGAAGACGAGGAAGAUCGGAAGUCCCGGUACAUUAAGAACAUCCUGCUCUCCAAGCAUUCCAGCGAAGAGAGCGGCUACUCCAGCCUGGCCGGUCAGGGCCUGAUGGGGACGAUGGUGGAACACAGCCCCUCGGUCUCCACCUCCUUCGGCCUGGCGGCCAUGAGCCCCACCAAGACUGCCGUGGACAGCUUGAUGAGCAUUGGACAGUCGCUCUUGCAGGGGGCUCUGCCCCGCCAGGCCCUCGAGGACUUGCACUCUGCCAAUGGCCGGUGCCCGGCCGUGUCCGAGCUGAAGACCGAAGCCAUGCAGGUAGAGGAGGCCUCCAGCCACGAGAGCCCCAGGUCGGGGGAGCUGGGCGCUUCCGGGGGGGACAAAGCAGAGGAUAAAAGCAAGCAGGGGCCUGGCACCCCCACCCGCAGCAGCGUCAUCACCAGCGCCCGGGAACUUCACUAUCCCCGGGACGACAACGCGGAGCAACCCCUCGAGGCGGUCCAGGGCCCCCCGGUUGGGCCGGACCUCCUGGCCUCCCACGGGGAGAAGCCGAUGGGCAUGUACUCGGUGCUGCCCAACCACAAGAGCGAGUCCAUGCUGGGCCUGCCCGUCUCCAUGGCCCCCACCCUGCACGUCCAGCCGGCCCUGGCCGUCUCCAUGGACUUCGGCUCCUACGGAGGGCUCCUCCCGCAAGGCUUCAUCCAGAGGGAGCUCUUUAACAAACUCGGGGAACUGGCCGUGGGGAUCAAAACCGAACACCGGAGUGUCGGGGAGCAGUGCAGCGUUUGCGGGGUGGAGCUGCCGGACAACGAGACGGUGGAACAGCACAGGAAACUGCACAGUGCAAUGAAGACAUAUGGGUGUGAAUUGUGUGGGAAAAGAUUCCUUGACAGUCUCCGCCUUCGGAUGCACUUACUGGCUCAUUCAGCAGGUGCCAAAGCUUUUCUCUGUGACCACUGUGGUGCACAAUUCUCUAAGGAAGAUGCCCUGGAGAGUCACAGGCAGACUCACACUGGCUCGGACAUGGCCGUCUUCUGCCUGCUCUGUGGGAAACGCUUCCAAACGCAGACGGCCCUACAGCAGCACAUGGAGGUGCAUGCUGGUGUGAGAAGCUACAUCUGCAGCGAGUGCAACCGCACAUUCCCCAGCCACACGGCCCUCAAAAGGCACCUACGCUCGCAUACAGGCGACCAUCCGUACGAGUGUGAAUUCUGCGGGAGCUGCUUCCGGGAUGAGAGCACUUUGAAAGGACACAAGCGCAUCCACACCGGGGAGAAGCCCUACGAAUGCAACGGCUGCGGGAAGAAGUUCAGCCUGAAGCAUCAGCUGGAGACCCACUACAGGGUCCACACGGGCGAGAAGCCCUUUGAGUGCAAACUCUGCCACCAGCGGUCUCGAGAUUACUCCGCCAUGAUCAAGCAUCUCAGGACCCACAACGGCGCCUCUCCUUACCAGUGCACCAUCUGCCUGGAAUACUGCCCCAGCCUUUCCGCCAUGCAGAAGCACAUGAAGGGCCACAAGCCGGAGGAGAUCCCCGCCGACUGGAGGAUAGAGAAGACCUAUCUCUACCUGUGCUACGUCUGACGGGAAGGGAAGAGAAGCUGGGAAGGACUGGACAGAACCAACCCCCUCCGUCGCUCCCUCCCCUUCUCCUUUCCUCCCCUUCGCUCCCCCCAUUUCCUUCCUCAUUUCGCUUGGGGUUCUCUUCGCCCAGGAGCUGCUGGCCCCUCCCUUCCCAGCUUCCGUUGUCCUUCAGGUUGCAAAGAGCAGGUGGAGCAGGGAGAAAUGAGCGAGGGGGGAGAGAGCCCGUUGGGGUCCCUCAAAGGAGCAUCCCCUCAACCCACCCCCAGCCCUGGACAGCUGUGAAGUUGUCUCACGUGGGGGCUGUGUCCCCCCCGGGGCUGCCUCGGGGCUCCAGACUUCUUUGGUGCCACUGUUGCUCCUUGGGGGGUGGCGGAGGGCUAAUUUCUCUCUGUUGGGGUGCACGCUGAGAACCAAUCAACCCUCUGAGCUGCUGCCUUGGUUUCCCCAAGGAUGCUUGGAAUUGUAGCAUCGUGAGGAGUCUCCAUUGGCCCCCCUUUAUUUUGCUCCCAAUGCGGAUCCCUAACACACCCAUCCAUGGUCCUCCUGGAAGCCACAUCAACCGCAGGAUGCAAUGUUCCACACAUGCAUCCAGCCGAUUCCCCAAAUUCACACACGCACACACCCCCUGUCCUCCCUGGUCCCUCUGAGAGGUGACCUAGCUGCCAAUCCAAGGACAUGUUUGGGGGAGAUAGACCUGUUAGGGAGCAGAGGAGCCACAGAGUUCUGGGGUGCCACAGCUGUGGGGAAGGUACCAGCUGCCUUGGGACUUCCUGGAUCCCUCCUGGAAUCUGCUUGAGAAGAUCAAGGAAGAUCAGAGGGUGUCCUGGGGGGAGGGGUGUCUCUGCUAGGGGAGAGCAUUAGGACCCCCAGCGCCAACCCUUUUCCCAUUGAUUCUACCAGUGGUGACUCAAAUGUUGGGGGUUGCUGCCUCAAAGAUCGAGACCCCCAGAUGCGCUCAGAAUUGGCCCCCAGUUAUUCCCUGGGAGCUGCGACCCUUUCUUCUGACCAAAGACCAUUCUAUGCAUUUAUUUUUAUUUAUUUGUUUUUUGAGCAAGAGGGGGGAGGAGGAGGAGGAGGCAGGCAGACAGCAUAAGUUUACACAUUUGCUAGCUUGGACAGACGGCCGUGUCUGAGCGGAGGAGAAAUCCAAAUGACAAGGCUUAGGGGAAACCCAUCGGCUGCUAGAGAGGCCCCCGAUCCUACCCUCUGGGGCCUUGGGGAGUUCUGCGGAGCCCCUAUUCUCAAGCCCUUUCCCAUUGGCUUCCAUGGGGGGUGGGGGGUGGAAGGGCUGUGCUUUCUCCUAAUCAACAGCCUCAGUCCCACGCCUUCCUCUGCAAUAACCACGAGGCAAACUCCAUGGAAGCCUCAGCUCCAUCCACAUGGAGAGAACCUGACCAUCAGUGGAUGGGAACCAACCCAGGAAUGGCUUCAGUUACUCAUGGGGAUGGGCUGUCUGGAGACUCUGGCCACCUGUAGACGAUCGUGGUACCUGGGUUUGAGGUGCAAUGCCCAACAGUGUGGAAGUCUCCUUGCAGUCUUGACUUCUGCACAUGGAACAGCCUUCUUGUUCCAUGGAGCUGUCCAAGGUUCAGCUCAGAGCUUCCUUCUGCCCAGGACGGAUGUCCUGAUCUCUGCCUAGCAAAUGCGGGGAUGGGUGGGCUGAAGAGGCAGGGCUGGUUCAGCCUUCUGCCUUUCCUGCUCACUGUGCAUCAUUGGCAGCCAGAUAAAUUGGCAUGUAGACCUCACCCAAAGUUGAGAGUGUCAUUGAAGCACCACUUCCUCUUCUCGGAAGGGUGGAAGACCUGAACUCCCAGAGAUGUAGGAAGCUAAUGCUGUCUCUGGGCAGGUGUGUCUCCUGGCAGCCACCUGCCAGCUUAUUUGAGAGGCUAAGGAGCCAUUUGUCCCGCUGGUCCAUCUUGCAACCAUCAGCAAAUCUUCAUGUCCCCAAUAUUUUCUUCCAGGAAGGAUCUUCUGCUUGUGCUUUGCACAUAACAACAUCGCCAAGAGGACGAACAGUUCUUACUAUAAGCCUAUCUCUUGGUUGGGAGGGGGUCUCCUCCCUUGAUUGGGGGCUGCCUCUUCCAGCUCAUCCCUCUUUCUGCUCCAGGGAUGUUGUGAAACCUGGGACCUCUCCCCUCCCUUCCAGGACCCUAGGUUAGGAGCAGCUUCCAGAGUUUUCCCCAAAAUAGCCCACAAAUAGCAAUUUGGCAGAAGGAAGGAAGGAAGGAAGGAAAGGAAAGGAAGGAAAGGAAGGAAGGCGGGAAGGAAGGAGGGAAGGAAGGAAGGAAGGAAGGAAGGAAGGAAGGAAGGAAGGAAUACAGGUCUGGAAGAACGACUGGUUGAGUGGACUUCAUGUCCUUGAUUUAAGUGCAAUCAAAAUUCAGUUUAGAUUUUUACUUGUCCCCCUCCCUCGAUGUCCUUGUCCUGGGAUGCCCCUCCUGGAGGACCACCUGAGCUUGAAAAGGUGUCCCCUCUGCCCACUUGGAGCCCUGGGAAGUGGCUUGAGGCUCCCUUGCUUCUCCACCUUGGCCCUUGGUGACUUCAGCCAAGGGGAGAGGUUCUUUCUCUUCCCUCUUGCCCCUCCCCCCCAUGGAACCCCAUCCCAUCAAGACUUCUCUGGAGGCCCUUCCUGCCCGGGACUUCCGUCGCCAUCGCAACUGAGUGGGGAACGCAGCUGCCCUCCAUCUUCGUUGUGUCUUUGCUUUCGUUUUGAUGGUUUUUUUCUCAUUUUCGCACAUUGUACUUGAAAUGACCUUGGUUUCUUGUGACCUCAUGAGCUUCUUGUGAGUCGGCUUCCUGUGGGGAAGGUGGGACGAGUUGGGGUCUUCAUUGCUGAAAAGACCACCUGGCAGGGCUGGGAAGGAGGGUUCGCACCCGUGUCCAAACACAGCCGACAACCCCCCUUCUCCCCCCCCCCCCGGGACGUUGCUCUCCUCGCCAGCCUUCCUGUUUCGUGUUGAUUGUGCAUUAUUGUUGUUGUUGUUAUUACCAAAAUUGGUGUUUGUUUUGAUGAUCCAGCCUGACCCGGCUCAGAGAUGAUCUUGAAAAGCUACCUCUUUUUAAGUUGAUGUUGUUAUUGUUAAGUUUCUUGUUCCUAUUUUUUUUUUUUUUGGCAGUUACAGAAGCACAGUUUUUGCAAUAUUUUGUGGGCGGGUGGCUUUGUAAAUUUCACCUCAUCUCAUGCUUUAUAUUUACCAUUGUACCUUUUAUUUUGUAAGUUAGCUGCUUUUAUACAUGGGGGGGGGGUGGAAUGUUCAGCGAAGGCAGAUCCAUGUUGCUCCACCCCUUUAAGCGUUGGUGUGGACUCCAACUCCCAGAAUGCCCCAAUCCUGGCUGGGGAAUUCUGGGAACUGAAGUCCGUGCAGUUUAAAGGGGCCAAAAUUGAGACUCGCUGGUGUCGAUGGAAGAACUUUAAGCGAUCUAUCUCUGUGUUGUUGCUCCACACACUUUCCCUCCUAAAAUCUGUCCCUGAUCCUUCCUCAACGUUGGAAAAUACUGAAGGCCUUAAAAACGGGGAUGGGGGGCGGGGAGAGAGAAAGAGUGAUAAAAGAGACUCUAUAUGUCAUUGUUAAGUCCAGAGAGCUAAAAAUUUAGUGAAACCUUUAGCAAUUUGGUAAAAGAAAAGGAAAAAAAAAUAAACCAGUUAAACUUGAAUAUGUGAAUAGUUAAGUAGAGUUUUGUUUAUAAUGUGAAAAAGAGAGAGAGAGAGAGAAUUGACAGCAUACAAAGAAGACCUUUGGAUGAACAAUAUGCAGUAAAUGUAUCAGUGUGACGUAUGUCGGAGGCCCACCCGAUGUAGCCCCAACCUCGUUGGGUGUCGUCUUUUUAAAAACAGGGAGGGGGAGGCGUUUGAGGAGUCUUCCUCUCUCCCCCGCCCCUCCCCAAGCUAAAAGUGUUGGACUGAUAAAUUAUUUCAAAAGUGUAAUAUUUUUGUAACCUUUGUUAGUCUCUGUGUCAAGAGGAUGUCGUCCUUCUCCUUCCCUUUUGUGACUGUGAACAGGAAUACGUUUGCGUCUGAGGGGGGAUGCGUUGGAAACCUAGUAUUAAAUAAUAAAUCACGCAGUAUUGUUGCAACGAGUUCGCCAUAGCAGACGGUACUCAACUCAAAGCACACUUGGGAAGGGCCCGGGGUCCAAGGUUUGUCGGUGGGACCCUCGGCCUGCCACGGAGAGGACGGGCGGGACGGGGUGGGAAGGAGACUCCACUGGUUUGGGGGAGCAAAGGGUGGGCGGGCCUCAUGCCACUUGCCUCCCUCCCUCUCUAAAUGAUGGUUGGCUUCCUAUCAUUGCUGGCUUGACCAGUGACAGGGUGGCAAAGUGCUUGGCGCCACAAGGAGGAGGAAGAGGUCGAGUCACAAAGCGGGACCUGCAGAAACCAGAUGGAAUUUGGGGGGCAUCGGAGGGCUGGAGCCCCACGGGUUGUCUGGGGCCCCUUCCUUUCUUCCUUGGCCCUUCUGCCCCCCCACCCAACCGAUCUGAGCGUGGGAUCCCCUCCCACCGACCCCCACCCCCCACCCCUCUGGCGUGUCCCCCUCCCACCGACCCCCUCCGUGGGCUUUUAAUUUGGCUUCCCUUUGCAAGUAUAUAUUCCUGGCUGUCUGUGAUUGUGGCUUUGGGAUGACAUUUCAGAAACUGAAAGCAGUACGGUUAUUGUGUACAAACCCUUGCCGGUGUGUGUUUCGUGCGUGUCCGUCCGAUGGAGAAAUAUAACUUUGUGGCUUCUUUGUGGUGGGAAACAAGACUGGGGCGGCUUCAUUGUACGAUCCUCAACACAACUUUGGGGGGAAAAAAAUGGCUUUUUUUUUUCCUUUUGGUCAAUCUUUGUGCCUGAAAACAAGUGUGUUUGUGUGUGUGUGUGUGUUGUUGAUUUCUGCGCAUUUUUGAAAAGCAAAAGAGGAAUAAAAUGCUGCAGUGCUUUCUUAAUGAUUUGGUACCUUGGGGGAUUAGGAUGGGGGGGGACUUGCUCGCUGAGGAAUGUCAUGGUAUUGCCCCAUCUUUAUUCUGGCACCUCCCUCCCUCCCUGCAGUUCUCGGCCCAUGGUUCCCUGGCACUGGGGGAAGAGGCUCCGUUGGCACAAGGAAGGAAGCCCGGGCCACGUUGCACUCCAGUAUGCACCCCCAUCCUUUGUGCCCCUUCCACUCCACAGGGCUGUGUUCUGCUUCACAGCAACACAACCUGCCCCGCCGAAGCGUGGGAGGCCAUGCCAACGCUGCCAAGCCCUACAGAGAUUCAGUCAAAGCCUCCUGAAUGGGCCACUUCCACGCUUUAAGCGGUCUCACUUCCAAUUCCAAAUAAUCCAAUGGAAUUCUCCGCCCCGCCCGCUUCUUCCUAGGCCCCGCCCACUUCCUCCUGACCCCACCCUCCAGUCUCUAAAGGCUGCCCCAGGAGUUUGCUUCCCCUUGAUGGAGGCCAAGGGGGUUUUGGCAGGGAAGGCUGUGGUUGGGGUGGGCAGGGGACGCAAAAGUUGUGGUCGAGGGCUGGAUGUCUCUGCAAGCUUUCCCUCUCCCCUUACCAUGACCUCCCUCAGCCCAGGCCUGUCAUUUUCUUGACACACAUCUCAGUAUUGGUUGGGCAUCGUGUCUAAAAGAGGCCUGGCUUUUUGGGAGGCUCAGAAGCCGUGCCCAAUCUCCAUGGACGCUUGUAGAUUUCAGAUAUCUAUAUAUAUAUUAGCACUGAGGACCAACCGUGUCCUUCCGGACCAAGCAAAUGGAAAGCUUAUUCUUCACUUGUGUUUAAUCUCUUUAUCUCUCCAUGUCGUCGCAGUUAAAAGUGCCAGUUUGAUUGCUUCGUGUUAAAAGAGAAAUUCUGUUUCUUGCAUUGCUAUAUCCUGGCUCGGUCUACCUCAGCACCUCCUGCUAGCCUGAUUUAAGAAGGUGCCAGUUAUUGUUUUUGUGUUUUUUGUUAUUUACUUUAUUUUUCCAAAUACGGUGUUAUGUGUAUAUAGAUUUUUUUUUCCCCCUGUACAAAGUACUUUUCUGUUCGUUCCUUUGCAGUGCAGCUUCUGCCGUCUUGUUAUAAGCUUCGUCCAGAGUCUUAGAUGCAUUGAAGUUAAAAAUACACACACACACACACACACACACAAUAAAUCAGUUCCCCUCCACCCCCCCCCCCAAAGAAAGUUGUGGUGUCCCUUUUCUAGUUGCCAUUCUCUCCUCCUGCAUCGAUUCUGAAAGGCCCAGGAGCGUUCUCUGUCAACCUUCCGUGUUUUCUGGCGAGGGGGGGGGGGGAAACACGACAAAAGGAGGGGUUUUCCCCCACCCCCAAAAAAAUGAUGUAUUGCUGCAGGUUUUUUUUUCUCUCCAUCUGUCACUAAGUGAAGUUUGUGCCUUCUAUAGCAAAGAGAAUAUUUUUUACAUCCUACUAACAGUAGAUUUUUUUGUAGUGGACAUUUUUUUGUAUUUUUAUUUAUAAGUCUCAUAAGGAAAAUAGCAAUGUUCAGUUGUAUAUCUUGAAUCUGCAGUUAGGAAUUUAAAAAAAAAAUACAAUAAAGUUAAUUCAGUCGUU